GGUGGGGCGGCGCACAGCGGCCCUGGGGGUCCUCGGUCUCCGCAGCAGGAAGCAGUCGGGUACAUCAGGAAACCAGCCUCCACCCGGGGAAGAAAUGGGGCAGGGCUGAGGGAGGAAACUGACCCCGUUCCCUUGUGUUGACGGGGCAGGGCUGGUGUUACCUAGAGACUCCUCCGGCGCCCUGUCCAAAGACGGGCCACAAAAAUUGCAAAAAAGUCUUAAAACUGUUGAUUCAGAGAUACGAUGCCUUUUAUGAGACUGACUGAGAACUGGCAACAAAAAUAAAAGACCUUUUUCUGUCAGCUUUCAGGCUCAGGGACAGCGAGAGACGGUUAAAAGUCCCUGUAGGUAGGAAGUAAACUGUGUUGGGGGGGGGGCGGGUGUUGCACAGAGGAAGCAAAAGCUGGACAUCUGCCCCUCUGGCCUGGGACCGCGCCUUCGUGGGUUACAUUUUGUGGUGCGGAUCCAGUGGGAUUUCUCCCCAGGCGGCAGGCCAGGAGCUGCAAGUCUGGUAAUUUUCGCUGGAGGCCUGGUACGGUGCCCGGGUGCUGCAACAAGCAUUUCCACAGCAAAUCUUCGGCGCACGUUAAUUUAAUAGUUUCUACGGUCAGAAGGGACCUGAACAGAUCAUCAAGUCCGACCCUCCGCCCUUAACACAGGCAGCAACUGAAUGUAGAUUGAAAUAUAAAUUAGAUUUGCAAAUAGCAUCAAAUCAGCUGGAAGAGGUGUAUUUUAUGAAAACCAGCACAGCGUAUUUUCAGUCUGCGCUGUGCGAGCGCGUUGUGAACGUUGCUGGCUGGAAAUGUUAAGAAAACCACUUUUCUAGUUGUAGGGUCAGAACAACACAACAGCAAAUGGAAAGCUUAGAAGUGCAGAAGAUGGAGUGUGAGAUGAAGACAGAUCUGAACUUGCUUCUUGAAUGUCUCAAAUAUCAAAUGGACAGCCCUACUUCUCAAAAAGAGGCCUUGGUCACUAUUUAUUCAAUCUGUCAACAAAACAGUGAUGCAAGUAAUUAUUUGCGAGAGAUUGGUGGUUUGACAUUCAUAACCGACCUUGCAAAGUCAAGCAUGCAUUGUAUGGUAAAGGAAGCUGCCUUAUUUACAUUAGGAGUUAUAAUUGAAAAUAACGUUUACUGCCAACAAAAUAUGUGUGCUUCUGGAUUGUUUGAAGAUCUCAUUUUGUUCUUAAUGAAUAAGGAUUCCAGUGUAAACUUGAAAAGAAUGUCUGUAUAUGUUGUUUUAGUAUUGGUUUCAAAUAAUAAGAGUGGGCAAACUCACGUCAGAGAAACAGGCUGCAUUGGUGUUCUUCUACAGUUAUUCAGAACAGCUCUUUCAAUAUCUGAGAUAACUCUGUCAGAUGAAAAUAUUAAUCAACAUUAUGAACUGUGGUCUUCAGUUUGCAGUACUCUAUGUGCAUGCGUUAAUAAUCCUCAAAAUGAAGAGAAUCAGAAAAUUUGCAGUUCGGUUUUCCCUCAGACAAAACAGUGGCUAGAUAGAUGCAUAGAGCCAGAGAUAGUUCGUCCUAUUUGUUCAUUUGUUGGACUCACAGUUGCAAAUAAUUCGCAUGUACAGAAAUUUUUUGUUUCCAUUGGCGGAUUAGAUAUUUUAGCUAAAGCUCUUGUGAAGCUGGUAGAUGACUCUUUCAGAAACUACACCAGUACAAAACUUGCAGUAGUAGUGACGAAGACUCUGGAUGCCUGCAUUGCUGAUAACUCUGCCAUAGGUGCUGUCCUGUCAAAGUAUCACAUUGUGCCAAAGCUACUGAGGUUGCUGACUUAUGACACUCUUGAUUCAGGAGAAAAACUUAGUCUUAUUCUUACUGUUGGACAUUGUACAGAAGUUUGUGAAGAAAAUCAGUAUGAUCUACUGAAGAACAAUGGCCUUCCACUUAUGAUUCAGGUAUUAACUGAGUCUCAGGAUGAAGAACUAAGCAAAGCUGCUACGUUUGUGCUGCAAAACUGCAAGCAAAUGACUGAGAAUUUGUCUCUGAAAUUCAAUGAAGAUUCUUUGCAUGCAAAUGAUACAGAAGACUUACAAAUGAACCUACAAACUAGAGAAAGGAAUCUAGAAGUCUACUGGAAGAAAGCAAAAGACAUUUUACACAGACUAAACUUGCUUGAAAAUGAGCAUUAUGAGGUCUUAUGUUUAAAGGAUACUUGCAGAAGCUUUCAUACCAGGGAAACGGAACAUAGUAAUCAAAAGCGGUAUCUAGUAAAAGCUGCAGAGCAUGUGCAACAUAAGGAAACAACAUGGAAAAAGAAUGUGUGUCAAAAGUUCUGUAAUCAACGUGAUAGAAAUGGAGAUGAAAAUCCCAAAUUAUGCCAGACUGACAAAACCAGAAAACAGCGCUGUGAAAUAUCCCCAGAAUCAUGCAAGGAAAUCUGGAGGCACGUUGAUCUGAGUGUAACAGAAAGUGAUGCUGGAAUACACACAAAGAGCCCAUUAAUGGACAGAACAAGGAGAAAAAUAUUUGUUGAUGUACUUCCAGAAGCAAAUAUGCCAACAGCAUCAAAAUACCAUGAAGUGGAUGCCAGUGAUCAAACAAGUCAUGUGGAUGGACCAUGUAAAAAAAUGCAGUGCCCACAGAUAAAUUGUCAGUCACAUGAUUUAGUCAGUACUACAGCUGUAAAUGAUAAGUCACGAAAGAAUGGAAUAUUAAAAGCUGUGAAUCCAGUAAAUGCUUCUAUUGGGCAGAGUGAACAAAAUGAUACUUUAUAUUCAGUUGAUAAACUGCAAAGAGGUAGCGUGCUGUCUCAUCUUCAUGGACAUGAAAGAACUGCUUGUGAGAGGGAACAGUCUCUUCUUGAAACAAGUGACCAUUUGUUUAAACAACCAGCACUGACUCUUAACACACGACAGGCACAAAUAGCAGGUAGAAAUAAAGAAAUAAGAAGUAUUCAGACUACUUCUGCAUCUCCUAAAAAGUCAGAUUUAAGGUGUAUGGGGUGUGUAACAGUAGGACUGUCUCUGAAUAGCAAAAAUUUUAGCAAGAUGUUGCAAACUUGUCUGUACCAGUGUGAUCGUCACAGAGUCAUUCUGGAAGCUGAGGAGAGAUACAAAGAGAAACUAAGGAAACUGGCUUUCUGUAACAACAGUAGUUCUGCACCUUAUCAGAAAAUAGUGUUGACCCCAAUUAGGAAAGGAAACCUGAAUACAGAGUCAUCGACCUUCAGAAGCAGAAUUUCACAGGAAAAUUUCCAAAGUAUUCUUUUGACUCCAAUGAAGAAAACCAAAACUGGUAGGUCAAAUGGAAAUGUCAAGCUGAACAAAAAUAUUCAGUUGCCAGAAAAGUAUGACCUUAUAGCUACAUGUCCAAAAAUUCUCCAGACAGACCAAGACAAUAACUUGAAGAGCCAGAAAAUCAAAGAGAUUCACCAGACAGAUCACGAAAGCCUGAAUGGAAAACGUAUCUACGCAUUUGACGAUGAUGAGCUCCAGUCAAGAAGCUAGGCAGUUUGAAGCCUGACCUUGGAAAAAUUGUUUUGCCCUUGACUCCCAUUAAAAAUGAAGGGAGUUGAGAGGACUGCAUCAUGAAGGCAGUAACCAACAAAUUUUCCUGUUUAAAAAAAAAAAAAAAAAGGUGUUGGUGGAUGGUGGUCCAUAGUUGAUGCUACAGUUUCUGAGCUGUCUUUGUGAUUGCAGACAGAUAGUGCUGAUACUUUGCUUUAAGAUGUGGUUGUGGAAAGAAUUUUUCCUGUAUAUUCCUGUUUAACCUUUCUCUUCAAUUAUCUGUACAUAUGGAUUGCACUCAUUUUGCACAUGUGCUCUCUGCACAGAAGUUUGGAGAGCUUCAUCAGCAGUGUCUGUGAAGGGUCCUGCAUGCACCUUGCAUGUUCUUAUAUGAGUCCUCCUGGAGAAAAGUGGGGCCACUCGGCUGCCACUCAUUUCCUUUAACCAUCCGUUGGUCUCGGGUUGGAGCACCCUUUUCACUGUCCCUUAUCUAAGAGUGGCUUGUAAAUGCUUUUUCACAUUUAAGCCCAUUGGCAUUCUCCCCCCCCCCCCCCCCCCCCCCCCCCCCCCCCCCCGAAUUUGUUAUAGAGUUAAUACAGAUUUGGGUACAGGCAGUCCUCAACUUACAAUGUUUUGAGUUGCAACAUUUUGCACUUACACUGUUUAUAAAUUGACACCGUUUCAACUUUCUGAAGUCAGUUUUGACUUUACAACACUUGAUCUGAUGCAAAACCACACCAGUGAACAAGUGCGCUGCAUCACCUAUCUACCUGGAGAACAUAUGUCCAAAUUUCCUUGGACACUUUCUUGAAGAAAGCAGACAAGACUCCAGAAAAAUCUGCAGCCAAGACUCCUGAGAAGACUCCAGCCAAGAACCCUUCAAGAAGUCCAACCAAGAGCCCUUCAAAACAUACAGCAAAGUCUCCACCAAGAAGUCCUUCCAAAUCAAUAUGAUUGCUAUUUACAAUAUAAAUACAUUAAUGUAGCUAUA